GACCGAUUAGUAACUAAUCGUCCCUUGGGAUGAGGUAAAUUAGUCAUUAAUUGCAUCUCGCGAGACAAAGGAUUUCGAGGUAGCUGCGAUAUAUUAGAAUAUAUUAGAAUAGUUACACUGACCCUGUCAAGAUUUGCUUCACUAUAUUUUUGUAUUCACAGUUAUAGCCUUCUUGGUUAAGUGUAAUUUUGCAGCGAUGUUUACAAAUCUGACAGAUGUGACCACAUGGAAUGAAAGUGAUUUGAUGAAAUACAUGGAAUUUCUGAAACAUAUUGAACUUGGACAGGAAAUUACAUUAAUUUUUAUUGCUAUUCUCACCACACUGGGCAAUUCCGUAGUUUUGGUAGCGACAUGCAGAGAGAAAGAUCUUCAUCAACCUAAUAAAUAUUUCAUUGCUUUCCUGGCUGUCGCUGAUCUCUUCGUUGGUAUGUUUCUAGCACCACUGAAGGUGUAUCAACUCAAUCUCGGUUCUGAAGUUCGACGUAACCUCUCCAUUCAUCUCUGUCGUUUUAUGGUGUGGAUAGAUACCUUCGCGUUAGCCACAUCGAUAUUAACCCUAGCGUUCAUCAGUUUUGAUCGAUAUCUGAAGAUCAGGAAACCACUUCAGUAUAAAGCCAGAAUGACAACUUCUAGAUCAUUGAAAAUCAUCGUCACCAUUUUGCUGGUUUCGACUGCCUUUGCCAGCUUUGCCGCCAGUCCAUAUUCAGGGAGCUAUGGAAUUGUCCUGAUGAACAGCAAUUUAAAAUAUUGCGCCGGCGAUAAGAGUAAAGAGAAAGUAUUCUAUACUUUUCUAUCAGUCGCGUUCAUUUUAUCUACGGUAAUCAUACUGGUAAUGUACACUCUCGUCUUUGUUGUUGCUCAUAAGCGACAAAUCAUGCUUCGAAAUGGCCAACUGGGUCAAACUUGGAAUGGUCAGAACCAACGAAGCGUCUUUCGUCAAGAUCUUAAAGUUAUCCGAAUGUUGUUUGUUGUCUUGGGGGUGUUCAUACUGUGCUGGUUUCCUUUCGUGAUUUUUAAUUUGUUGGAAUUGUACGAUCCAAGCAGCAUUGAUUGGGAUAGCACGUCGUUAAACUAUCAGUAUUCGAUCCACAUAUCUCGAACAAUUGUUGGCAUGCUGCCGCUGCUAAACAGUCUAUGCAACCCAAUAAUUUAUGCCUGUCUGGACCGAAAGUACAGAGAGGCGUUCAAUAGUCUGUUUCAACGAAUUAUAUGUCGGCCAUAAAAGCUCAGGAAGUCGACAGCUGCAUCUGGAAUAGAGUUACAAACACCGAGAACAAGACGAAGCAACAGUAUACAUUUCAUUAAAUUUGCUACACCAGAUUGGGCGAAGAAAUGCUUAGUUGUGUUUGAGAUUUUUAUACAGCUGCAUCUAUGUACAAUUAUUAGUGCAUGUAUGCACAUAACAAAAUUAUUAGAAUAAAGAGAUGAAUCUUGAUACUAUGAUCAUUGAUAUUGUUCCAGCAAAACCGCUGUUAUGUCCAUGUAAAUUAAAGUCUAGUUCAUUCAUUGGAUAGGUACAGUAUGUUUAGUAUGAAGCUUACUUUAAACAAUCAUUUACAUUGAUCUACUAGAUCAAUUGUAAAAACUGCUGAGUAUCAAACUUAAAUAUGUAAGUUCAUAUUAUAGAUUGAUUUUUUUAUGUCCAUGAGCUUUGUAAAUAGCUGGAAUACAGCCAUUGUGUAUUUUGAGACACCAUAAGUCCUUACUCCAUACAGUAUAAUUGAGAAUUAAAUUGGCGUGUAUAGUGUUUUUAUAAUAGGGUGA